GUGUCUCGGACGAUACGCGGCUGAGUGGCCGGUGAGAAGGGCAUAGGAUUCUCGAACCGCUACCGGUCGGUAAAGCGUUAAUAUCGCGUUUACGUAUUUACCGACGAUUGUACGAAAAAGGACAGUGGACGAUGCGAAGCUUACCGAUCUACCGUGUCAAAGUUUGUCCGUUGAUUUCAGGUUGCACCACUCACAAACUUUCGUAUCUGUGCAACAGCGGCCGAGAGAUGACACCGAUACAAAAUUACGCACCCAUACGCCGGUAUUGCUCCCCGAGCAUCCCUAUGGAAGCGGAAACCACUAUGCAACUGAGUUACCAACCCGUAGACGUUCCAGACAAUGUCCCGAAACCAUGGGGCGAGAAGCAACCUUAUUGUCCUCCCGUUACACCAAUGGAGAACAAUACCACAUACAACACCAGUUAUUUUCUGCCUGGCACGCCGUGCUUGCCGUGCCCGCCGUGCUUGCCGUGCUCGCCGUGCCCGCCGUGCUCGCCGUGCUCGUAAAAAUCAGUGCCAACCGAAUUAAGAAAAUUAAAUGCACGUGUAUUCGUCCAUUGUGUACGUAGAAGGAUACGGGAAAAUUAUUAAGAUGUUAUCGAGACGGUAAUAAUAAAGAAUGUUAAAAGCUGA